AUGGCUGUAGCAGAGAGUUCAGAUGCAGGGGGGGGUGCUGCUUCAGCUCGUGCUGCUGCAGCAGCAAAUGCAGCAGCAGCAGCAGAAAAGGAGAAUGACGACGCAGUAGAUGCCUCCUCCUCCUCCUCCUCAUCAUCUGCUGCUGCUGCUGCUGCAGCAGCAGCAGCAGCAGCAGCAGAAACAGAAGGUAUUGAUCUAGAUGAGCUUGUAGGGGGAGAUGCAGAUAUAGCAUAUGAACAAGAACUAAGAAGGGACCCCUAUCAGGUUAAGGUGUGGCUCGCUUACCUUAAAAGCAGAGCAAAAGCUAAACCCGCUAUAAGGGCUUUAGCUGUUACCCAGCAUGAACUUCUAUGGCCUGAUAUGAUGGAUUAUGUUAAAAAAUGUGGUGUAUCAGCGACAGCGAAAUGUUUGUAUCGUCGUUGGCUGAUGAUAGAGCCUGAGCGUAUAGAUGAAUAUGCAUUAUAUUUAAAGGAGAUAGGAGAGUAUGAUGCAGCAGCUAGCCAGCUAGCUGCAGCAGCUAGCGAUAGCUCUCUAUCUCUAUCUACAGUCUAUAGUGGCCCAGCUGCUGUAAGAGAUCUAGCAAUAGUAUACGAGGCUUAUGCUGCGUUUGAGGAGUCUAUAGUGGCCCAGCUGCUGCAGCAGCAGCAGCAGCAGCAGCAGCAGCAGCGGGAGCAGCGGGAUGCAGCAGCAGCAGCAGCAGCAGAAAAAGAAAUAGAUUUCGCUAUUGCUAGACUAGAAAGAUUAACAGAAAGAAGACCCCUUCUUGUCUCCUCAUGUAAACUCAAACAAAACCCCCACAACGUACAUGAAUGGCUCGCCAGGGCAGAGCUGCUGCAGCAUGAUACUAAAAAAGUGGUGGAGACGUUCACCGAGGCCGUGGCUACAGUGGACCCCGAGAAGGCAGUGGGGCGUAUUGGUGUGUUAUGGAUAGCAUUUGGGCGUUUUUAUGAGAGCUAUAGAAAUGCAUCUCAGGCAUCAGCUAUAUACACAGGCUCUUACUCUUGUACGCAAAGCCAUCAGCAGCAGCAGCAGCAGCAGCAGCAGCAGCAGCAGCAACAGCAGCAGCAGCAGCAGCAGCAGCAGGGGAACAGGCAGAGAUGUUCAGAAAAGAUUGUAUCGAUCUGUUAA